CUAAUCUGGAAAUCACACAUCAUCAUCUUCCAUUCCUCCUACUUAUAUUUACUUCUUCAUAUUCUUCCUGUGAUCAAAUAUUCAAAUUAAGCCUUGUUUAGUCCUUCAAUCUCUCUGCGUCGUUUUGGACAGUAAAACAUGGAUAUUGACUGGGUUCAUUACCUAAAGGGCAUGUUGAAACCACUUGCGGCCAUCACAGUGGUUUUGAUGGCUGUGGCUCUGUCGUAUGUGCGGAAGCUUGGAUUGGGGAAGGAGAUGCUCUACUCCAUUACAAGGGCUUUUCUUCAGUUGUCUGUCAUCGGCUUCGUGCUUCAGUUCAUCUUCAAUCAGAAUAAUGGAGGUUGGAUUUUCGGCGCUUACUUGUUCAUGGUUUCCAUUGCAGCUUACACGGCAGGUCAACGUGCAAAACAUGUACCACAUGGGAAGUACAUUGCAGGGGCAUCUAUUCUGACUGGAACAUCAGUGACCAUGUUCUUGCUUGUUGUGCUGAAUGUUUUCCCUUUUACACCAAUGUACAUCAUCCCUCUUGCAGGCAUGAUGGUUGGUAGUUCUAUGACUGUAACUGGUGUGACAAUGAGGCGGCUCCGAGAUGAUGUCAGGAUGCAAAAGAGCCUGGUGGAAACUGCAUUGGCACUUGGAGCAACCCCACGACAAGCUACACUUCAGCAAGUAAAGAGGGCUUUGAUUCUUGCACUCUCUCCUAUUUUGGACAAUGCAAAGACUGUGGGGCUGAUCUCACUUCCUGGUGCGAUGACUGGUCUUAUAAUGGGGGGCGCCUCCCCGUUGGAGGCCAUUCAGUUGCAGCUUGCAGUGAUGAACAUGCAGAUGGGGGCAACAACUGUCAGUAGCAUUAUGUCAACAUACCUUUGUUGGCCUACCUUCUUCUCCAAAGCUUACCAGUUGGAGGCCAAGGUCUUCAAUGCAGAGUAGGCUUUUCUUUAUGUUGCUAAACUAUUCUUGAAUACAGACAUAUCAAUUGAGAAUUUGUGAUUCAUGCUCGCAGUACAUGAUAUGGUGGAGGGAAAGGUAUUCUUCAUGAUGUCUGCCAAACUUAGUGUUUUUAUAAAUUAGGGACAAGGUAUGUUGGUUUUUCAAAUUGAAACCCAAUGUAAUAAGCUACAAUCAUCUCAAACACUAAUUUUGCAGUCAGAUGCUCAUGUUUUUGAAGCUGUUCAUGCAUUAAAAGUGGCCCUUGUUGUAUUGUGCCUUCCUUUA